UAACUGUCUAUGUACAGAUAAUGUAGUAGAUGCUACCUGCAGUCCUAUGUAAUACCAAAUAUAACACAGUCAUGAUUCUCCGUGUACAUGUGGUGGCCCAGUACGGGAUGGUGUUACCCUGUACCUUCCCUGCCCUGUCAGGCAGUGUCCCAAGGUCCCCUUGCAGUGUUUCCCCCAUUAUAUGGCGGCUACUGUCCCCAGUACAAGUAUAACCUGGGUAAGACCUACGGGAAGCUGACCGGCCAACUACUGACCAGUCCUGAUAUCCGGCACUCCGGCCAGUUAGUCCUCCAGUCCUGUCCAUUCCCUCCUCCGCGUCACGAGAUCAACCUGGAUACGACAACCAGGAGGAAACAGCGUCUGGGCGACAAGAAAGUGUCCUGGAGUAUGAUCCCAGGAUAUACGGGCUUCAUCCCCAGGUCUCAGAAAUUCUUCGCCAAGACGUACACCGAGACCACGCGGGACGCCCUGUCCGAUUUCCAAAAAGACCAAGACCGGCAGCAGAGUCAUCUGAAGGAACAGAUACUGGUCAGUAAACUCCAGAGCGGUCAGCAGGCGCCCCGGACGGAGCACGAGAAACAGCUUCUCACAGCCAGGUAUCGGACUCCACUCCCCACACUGUCUAAGGAAGCGGCCCCUUACGUCUCCCCCAAUGCCUUCCAGAUACAGGUCUCCCCUUACUACAUGGAGGACGAGGACCCCGACAAGUAUUUCAUCUCAGGUUACACCGGGUAUGUCCCCCGCUCCCGUUUUCUCAUUGGCACCGGUUAUCCCAUCACCACCAACAAAGCGAUGACUGAGUUUGGUCAUAUGACUCUGAAAAAAGGAUCCAAAAUUGGAGAACACCAGGAAGCACGAGAAUGGAACAGACCCCAAUCUGAUCAGAGCCACAUCUACCUGGAGCAGCUGGGGUUACUUCCUCGCUAUACUGGAUAUGUGCCAGGUUACAAGUUCCAGUAUGGACACACCUAUGGUUCUCUUACCCAAAAUGCCCUUGGCCAGUCCACAAUGGAAAAACAAACGGUGAAUUAGGAAACCACUGGUAAAGCCCACACCGACCUUCUCUGGUGGAAGAUCGGCUCCCCGAAGACAACUAUGUGUCAGACAAUGAAGACCACAUACUUAUCCUACAUUACCGCCUACACUGAGCCUCCAUUGUUUGUCCGGGGUGGACAAGAUAAAAUGGACCAAGGACCAAAGAAUAAAUGAAUUGCGUGCCAAAGCCAAAGGAUGCAACCAAGACAAUUGUUAUUCUCAAGCAGAAAAAAUGGAGACAAUCAAUAAGUUUAUUUGUAAUAAAUGUGUGAGUUUGUG